AUGGAAAACGACUUGAAGGAAGAACUGAAUAGAAGAAUGAGAGCAGCAUGGGCAGCAUUCGCAGCCGUCAGGGAAGCUACGGACCAACUGACGGACCAUGAUCUUCGUGCCCAUCUGUUUGACUCGACAGUCCUUCCAGCGCUCUGUUACGCAGCGGAGACAGGAAUGUCCCGUCUUCGCGACCCAGCGGAAUAUGUAUCGAAAGCAAAACAUAGAUGGGCCGGUCACAUCAUGAGAAGAAUCGACGAUAGAUGGACUAAAAGCACGCUAGAGUGGAUCCCAAGGGACGCUAAACGCCCCCGAGGGAGACCGCCAACGAGAUGGAGUGACGUGUUCGCUGCACGGAUGGACCAGCUGAGAGCUCAGCUGGAUACGGCUCAAGGACCUCGUCAACCAAGUAGUCCACCAACAGAAAGCACCUCUUCCACACCUCCAGCAGAAGCAAGUAGUCCAUCAACAGAAAGCAGCUCUUCCACACCUCCAGCAGAAGCAAGUAGUCCAUCAACAGAAAGCAGCUCUUCCACACCUCCAGCAGAAGCAAGUAGUCCAUCAACAGAAAGCAGCUCUUCCACACCUCCAGCAGAAGCCUUAACAACCGUUAACGUAAGCAACGACAGAACAGCAAUCAAUGGGAAACUUUUACUCCAGAAGAGUUUAGCUCUGAGCAACAAAAUAAAUAGCCUAACAAAUCAAAUCUACAGUCUUGAAGCUGCUAUUAAUUCCACUAACUCGCCAUAUUUCACGCAAUUGAAUCAAAUGCGUGAGCAAGCCAUUAAAAUGAAUGCUACACUUGCGACACUUCUAGAAAAUCUUGAUGUUCAGCUUAAGCGACAAACCGCUGUCGACAUCCAAGUGGCGAAUAUAACUCGUAUGUACGCAUGUAUGGCAGCGAGUAGCUGUGUCACCAAGAAACCGACUACGACAGUCCCCACAACAACAUACCCAUUGAGCGUUUGUCCUGACGUGAAUCCGCCACCAGCUACUUCAGAAAAUCAGACUAUUUCUGUGAAUGAAACUGAGAAUGUUUACUGUACGGCUGCUUUCUCUUCAGUGAAUGCAUCGAUUGAUCUCUACGUGGAUGUUGCAAUUAAUGGUAGCAACGCAGCGCUCAAUAUUAAAAACGCUGUGACCGGAGAUCUGAUUAUGAAUUUCACAAAUAGUGAUACUGGAUUUGUCGAAACCGGCAGUAAGUCUGUAGUGAUUGUUUACUCGGCUGAUAGGUACUCGUCGAUUGGCUUCGACAUAACUUACAAUACCGUAACAAGUGAUCCUUGCAGCGACUAUCCAUGCGCCGCUAAGAGUGGUAAAUGUAUGGUGGUGCCUAGCACUGGACUGCCAUACUGUCAAUGUAACGCGUGUUAUUCAGGACAGAACUGUUCAACCGAAACUGAUCCUUGCACUAUUACUGCUAAGCGACUAUGUAAAAAUAAAGGGCAAAUAUGUGGACCUAACCCAACCGUGACAGAUUACUGCGGCUAUGUCUGUCUUUCUACAACAACAACUCAAGGUCUCGGUAAGUCCAUACGCUUCAUCGAAUAUACCGUGUAG